AUGAUUAAUGAGUUGAAAAUAAGAAAAAAUCAUCAUUUUAGUGUUGCCACAAUGUAUACAUUAGCUGCAUUUUUGUUCGUUUCCAGUCUUUUCAUAAUUUCUGUUAAUACUCAAAGGUUAGCACCUGGAGUACCUCCUCAACAUUAUCAGCAAGUACCACAACAGCAACAGCCCUAUCAGCAAGUACCCCAACAGCAGUAUGGACAGGCUCAGUACCAACAAGUACCUGUUCAACAGCAAGUCCAUCAACAACAGCAACAAAUCCCUGUACAGCAUCAACAGGUGCCUGUGCAGCAACAGGUGCCUGUGCAGCAACAGGUGCCUGUACAGCAACAGGUGCCUGUACAGCAACAGGUGCCUGUACAGCACCAUCAAGGCCAUCACCAUGACCAUGGGAGGCCCCAACAGGUUUUGAAUACAGCAAAUGUUGCUCAGGAAGCUCAACAUAUAGCUGAACAUAUGGAUGUACCAAUGGAUACAAGUAAAAUGUCAGAGCAAGAAUUGCAAUUCCACUACUUCAAAAUGCAUGAUGCUGAUAAUAAUAACAAGCUGGAUGGCUGUGAAUUGAUAAAAUCUUUGAUACAUUGGCAUGAACAGGGUAACAAAGAAAAACCCGGAAGUAUCGAGGAAAAAGUUUUCCAAGACGAUGAGCUGGUCAAUCUCAUCGAUCCAAUCCUCAAUGUGGACGAUUACAACAAGGACGGCUACAUCGAUUAUCCGGAGUUCAUAAGGGCUCAGCAAAAAGCAGCAGGGCAACCCAAACCCCAAGCUUGA